UAUUACUGUACAGUAGCGUGUAGGACCACUGAUAAAAGCAAGCUGCGUUAUGGGUAACGAUACACCCAAUCGAAACAAUAGACAAGCCAAUCAAACUUGUAGAAAAAAUCCGCGCAAAUUUGCUCCCAAGUCGCGACUUGGCUGUAAAACCUGCAAUAUAUCCAGGCAGACCUCAAGAUCAUCGCUUACCCUUUGCUCAACUUUCAGAAUAAGACGGGUAAAAUGCGACCUGUCUCGGCCUUCGUGCUCGAAAUGCCAGUCCACAGGCCGUAACUGCGAUGGCUACGCUGGAGAGAGACUCGCGGACAACGGCAGCGGCGCCAGUAGGAACGAGGGCAACAGCUCUUGCACGGCAAUUGGCUUACCCUUGCAGACUCGCCGACCCUUGUUGAUUUUGCCUGUCACUGAUCCAUCUCAGUCGCUGGCGAUGGGGUUCUUUGAGCAAAUUUCGAUCAGGCAACUAAAUGAAUAUCAGCCAUGCGAAUUAUGGCGGAGUACGUUGAAAUUCUUUUCCCAGACUGUCCCGUCAGUGCGGCAUGCAGCAACUGCGCUCAGUUUGAUGCAUCGACGAUACUUGGACUGCAGUGUCAGUGACAGCCCAGAGCCCUUAGAGUACGAGUCAUAUGGGCUGCAUGAAGGGACCGCGUGGACUCACUACAGCAGGGCAAUCCAACUUCUCCUCAGUCAAGAACCCGCCGACGACACCGAGACGACAGCCAUAACCCUGCUGGUCUGCUAUCUUCUCUUUUGCUUUGACCAGCUGGCCGGCAACAACAUACAAGCCAUGAGGCAUUUGCAUGGUGGCGUCAAAAUCUCGCACAACAUCCUCAGAAGCAUCUCUCAGGGCAAUGGUACACUUGAGGAUACCGCACUGGACGGCGCUCGCACUCUCAUCGCACAAGUCACGCGACAGAUUCGACGUCUGGACAUGCAGGCGGCCGUGUUUAUAGUCGACUGGACCCCCGCCGAUUUGCAGGAUAUACUUGUGUCGUCUCAACUUCCACUUCACAGCGGCGUUUUUACGUCUCUAGAAGAAGCCGCCGACCAUCUUCAGGUCCUCGUGGCCGGGGCAAUGAAGGCAUACUGGGCAGAGCAGCAGCAGCUACCAGCGGAGGACUUGACUUCAGAACUGCUGCCCAAGGAAGUCCUACUUGGACGGCUGCAGACUUGGUGGGUUCUACUUCAUAACACAUUACAGAGCAACCGCCAAGUUAUGAACAUGCACCAAAGGCUCGAGCCGUUGCUUCGCCUACAAUACACAGUUACAAGUACUCUUCUCAGGGUCUCGGAGCCAGACAGAGAGAUGGCUUAUGACAAAUUUCUGCCCAAGUUCCAGGAAUGCGUGGCGUUGGCAAGCCACGUGCAUGGUCUAUACUAUUCCAAGUCUGCAGGGCCCACCUUUACCCCCGAGGUUGGUUUGCUUCCUGUUCUAUAUAUCGUUGGGCUGAAAUGUCGGCACUCCGUCGUCCGACGCCAGGCCCUGAAUAUCUUGAGGCGUCAGACGAUCCGGGAGGCUCUAUGGGAUAGUCUAUCUGCGGCCACGGUGGUCGAGCGUGUCAUCAAUAUCGAAGAGGGAGGCGAGCCUGGUAACGGGGGAGAAAGACCAGCUAUGGAAGAUAUUGCCGCGUGGAAGAGGGUAGAAAACAUGUCUUGGUUGCAUUUUGGGAGGGCCGGGAUCCUAAAUAGGGUGGAUAUCACGUAUAGGAAGUGUGGACAGGAGGUUUGGCAGACUGAAUCGCUUGCAAUAUAA